AUGAGCUCGCAAACCUCCGGGAUCAACUCAGCAGCACCUCAAUUGGAUGUAUCUCAAAAGAUCAUGCCUCGAGCUCCCAAAGUACCCGAAUCGCUGGCGGAACCGAAAGUAUGGAACACGAAAAACCUAGGUUUACGACUCGCUUCGGAUUGGGUUUCUGGUGCUACUGCAGCAUCGAUGGUUGCUCCCAUAAUUGUCAUGAUCGAUAAAGGAAUCAUGCAAAAUGCAUCCGGCCAAGCAACCCUCAAACAUUCUCUCCAAGACUCUUUCAAGAACUUCCUUCUUCGUCCUCAUAACCUCGUCUUCUCAAAGCCAUUCGCCCUUAUCUGCAUGUUGUACGGCGGAACUUAUGUCACAGCGAACUCUCUCGACACGAUUACUUCAACCAUACAAGAUAAGCCCUCCACACACGUUACUUCUGGGACGAUGAAGUUUGCUGCAUCUUCGACUGCGAAUAUCGGGCUUUGUCUUUUCAAAGAUCAGGCCUUUGCCAGACUGUACGGACCCGGGGGCCCACCGCGACCUGUCCCUCUCCCAUCCUACGUCCUCUUUACUCUCCGCGACUGUCUCACCAUAUUCGCGUCCUUCAAUAUUCCACCACUACUCGGCCCCAUAAUCAGCUCUAAUAUGAGUGCGGAGCUCGAGAAGAGGGUCAGCGGCCAGACGGUCGCUCAAUUCGCGGCCCCUGCCGCCGUACAAAUCCUCAGCACGCCAAUGCAUUUACUGGGCUUGGACUUGUACAACAGGGGUUCGAAAUCAAUUACAUGGGAUGAACGUUGGAAUAUUGUCAAGAAGAACUGGGCAGUCAGUGCUGCGGCCAGAAUCUGUAGGAUUGUUCCUGCUUUUGGGGUUGGUGGAGUUGUUAAUGCUAAGCUAAGAAAGACCUUGAUUGGAAAGUUGGAAUAG